AUGGAAAGAAAGAGACCACUACUUCGCCUCUGGACCGCCGGCGCGAACACAGUGGUCUCUGAUCACACUCGAAAUUAUGUAUAUACUUAUCAUAUUUUUACCCUGCUCGGUAGUUCCGUAGCAGGUUUUUUUGGACGUUUUCUAGGAUCAGAAGGAAGCGCUAUUCUGACAACUACGUGCGUUUCAUUCUUCGCACUAGUGGUAUGCCUAUUUUUAUUUAGAAUUUAUUACUUUCGUUUGAAAGGACCACUGAGGGGGAUUAAAAAACUGAUUCAACGAGAUAUAGAUAUGUCCCCAUUAAGAUUUCAAACUUGUCGUCUACUUUCAGGAAAUGUUCGGAACAGAGAACUGACAAUAAUACAACGUCGCAUUCUCCGAAGAUUGAGGAACAGGAAGAGAUCUAUUAAGAAGAGAAAGAUUUAUCCGAAAAAACAUCUUACCAGUUACAUACAAUUACAAACUACACGAAAGUUGCCCCUUUUUCAUGGGGAUUUACCCAUCACAGAGAUGCACAGAGGAACAAAACGAACUUCAUAUAUCCCUUUUCCACUCAAUCAAGAAACAAGAUUUGACGUUAUUCCGCUUCGUCUCCAUUUUCUUGAAACUAUUCCUCAAGCAAGGCAGCCGAUAAGUCAUCGAAAGGUUUCUGUGAAUAAAGGAAUGGUAAGCAUUACUCAUUUGAAACUUUCCCAUGGUGAUAUAAUAUUUUUUCAAGAAAAUAACGCGGUGAAGAAAUAA